AUGGACUCGUGGUACGAUUACAAGCUCCAAUGGGAUCCGAAGGAGUACGGGGGCGUCGAGAUGCUGCACGUUCCCUCUGACCACAUAUGGAGGCCCGACAUAGUUUUGUACAACAACGCCGAUGGCAACUUCGAGGUGACCCUGGCAACGAAGGCCACCCUCAACUACACGGGCCGAGUCGAGUGGAAGCCACCAGCGAUAUACAAGUCUUCCUGCGAGAUCGACGUCGAGUACUUUCCCUUCGACGAGCAGACCUGCGUCAUGAAAUUCGGCUCUUGGACCUACGACGGCUUUCAGGUCGAUCUGAGGCACAUAGACGAGGUGCAGGGCAGCAACGUGAUCGACAUCGGCGUUGAUCUCUCCGAGUUUUAUACGUCCGUCGAGUGGGACAUACUCGAGGUCCCGGCUGUCAGGAACGAAAAGUUUUAUACUUGCUGCGACGAGCCGUACCUCGACAUCACUUUCAACAUCACCAUGAGACGCAAGACCCUCUUCUACACGGUCAAUCUCAUCAUACCCUGCAUGGGCAUAUCCUUUCUCACCAUACUCGUCUUCUAUUUGCCCAGCGACAGCGGCGAAAAG